AUGACCGGUGUAAAAGCAAUCAACGCGUACAAGCACGGUUAUAUUGGUGGUAGGGGAAGAGUAACGAGCAGAGCUGCGAUGAGCGGAAUGGAUAGCGAACUGGGCGGAAGAACGAGGUACACCAGAAAAAGAGAGCAGAAGAAAAGCACCGUAUUCACCUACCAAUGCGUGUACAACUCAUACCACAGGAACAGAGGAGAAGUAAAACGUACGUAG